CGGCGGCGGCGGCGGAUGUGCUGCUGGCGCGGGGGGAUGAUGCUGGCGGGGCCACAGCUGGUGGCGGGGCCGGCGGCGCCGGGCGGGGAGCGGGCCCGGCUGCUCUCGCUCUACGUGCAGGACUACCUGGAGUGCGUGGAGUCCCUGCCGCUGGACAUCCAGCGCAACGCCUCGCUGCUGCGGGAGAUGGACACGCAGUGCCAAGAAGCGCUAAAAGAAAUAGAUGAUGUCUAUGAAAAAUACAAGUCAGAAAACGAUCCUGUUCAGAAGAAACGCUUGCAGCAGCAUCUUCAGCGUGCAUUAAUCAACAGUCAAGAACUUGGAGAUGAAAAAAUUCAAAUAGUUACUCAGAUGCUAGAACUGGUAGAGAACAGAGCCCGUCAAAUGGAGACGCACUCUCAGUGUUUCCAAGAGCUGUCUGAGAACGAGAAGCCUCUAGAAAAGGCCAAGAUGGAGUCGUGCCAGCCAGAGAGAUCCUCACGCAGGCCUCGUCGGCAGCGCACCAGCGAGAGCCGCGACCUGUGCCACAUAGCCAACGGCAUCGAUGACUGCGACGACCAGCCGCCCAAAGAGAAAAGAUCCAAAUCUUCCAAGAAGAAAAAACGCUCCAAAGCCAAACAGGAGAGAGAGGUUUCACCUGUAGAAUUUGUAAUUGAUCCCAAUGAACCAACUUACUGCUUAUGCAGCCAAGUGUCUUAUGGCGAAAUGAUAGGAUGUGACAAUGAACAGUGCCCUAUUGAGUGGUUCCACUUUUCCUGUGUUGGACUGACGUACAAACCGAAGGGCAAGUGGUAUUGCCCCAAGUGCAGAGGAGACAAUGAGAAAACGAUGGACAAAUGUACUGACAAAUCAAAAAAAGAUAGGAGGUCGAGGUAGUGAAAGCAAUUUAUGUUUUAAAGAGUUGCUCCUUUUAUAUUAAAAUGUUUCAUUUCCACAGAACAUUGUUUUAGGAAAUGCAUAAGACUAUGCAAUAAUUUUUAAUCUAUAAUAUUAAUAUUAAAAACUGUUAUACCUUCUGUGAUCUUUAACUUUCUGCACUGAAUAACCAAAUAAUUGAAACAGGGUGGCUUCAGACCUUUCACAGAAGACAUUACAAGCAGAUGACGUUUGGUUCCAAUUUGCUUUGCUUUGCUUUGCUUUGCAAGGUAUUUUAAAGAACCUUGUGAAUCCUGAAAUAAUGGUGGUGGGAAAGAUACUGAAGAACUUCUCAUGUUAUGGCAAAGGGGUUGAAAGACCUCAUAUCUCUGCUGGCAUCUUAACAACUGAGUUUGUUCUUUAUCCCAAGUUUUACAUUUUCAGUUUUUGUGUUAACAUCACAUGUUUGGAGUUAGGGGUUUUAAAUUCAGCUGUAACUGUAAAAGUCUUCCGAGCUAUAAGCAGACCUCUCCAGUGACUUUCAUAUGAUCAGUAUGUUAUUGCAAGGAAGAAAAUACCACUAAUUUAAACUUUUCUUUUUUGCCAACAUUAAACUCUUGUCUUUGUGACUAUA